AUGCUGGCGUUCUCGGGCUUGGCAGCAAUCUCUGGGCUUUCCUACAACGUCUUCCGCACUCAAUGCUUCACUCGUCAGGAAGGUCCUGAGAGGUGGGACACACUCAGCAUCGCCACUCCGUCCUCCACCGACGAAGCCAUUCAACGGCUGUCCGUUGCCAUCGCCUCGGCGCAACCGCUGCUGUUCCGUGGGGGUGCGCACGAAGCGAGACCUGGGUUCUUCGGGUGGGCGAGCGACAGCUGGGCACCGCAAGAAUUGCAGGAACGCUUUGGAGAGCUGAAGAUUGAUGGAGGAUACGAUGCCACACUUAGUGAUUUCUUGGACUCCUUCUUUGAGGGCGAAGAUCCGCCGUCGCCUAAAAAGAGCUGUUUCUCAGGAGAUGCACCUGAAGGACCUGCGUGCACGAUGCAAGGAGGAGCUCCCUUUUGCACCAGGCCCUGCCUGAUGAAUGCAACCUUGAACAUUGGCAUUGUAGAGGACUCGGAUCCGCCCUUUGAAGAUGUGCUGGUUGAGAUGUUGAAUUCCUUGCCGUUGCUUCGUUGGCGUGCCCAGCGGGGCGAGGCUUUUGGGUCGCGCGUGCUGACCAGUUUGGUGCCCUCGAGCGUGGGCUUCGCGCCAGAUGCCGACUGGGUUGAGGCAGUGUUGUGGAUCAGCCCCAAGGGAGCGCGCACAGGAUUGCAUCAAGAUGACGAGCCCUGCUCCGUGCUGCACCAGGUCUAUGGGCGGAAGCGUUUGGUGCUCUUUCCGCCCGGUGCAACGCAUGUGCAGCCAGAAGAGCGGCCACACUGCCUGGCGGAGCAUGGAACAAGAUACUCCAAGCUUUCUCUGGAUGAGAUUGAGCGGUCUGGUGGCAAAGCUCUGGAAGUUGUUCUGGAGCCAGGGGAUGCCAUCUUCAUCCCCAACGCCUGGUGGCACGCAGCAGAGGCGCUGAGCCCUUCGGUCUCCAUCAGCGGUCGUGGAGUGACCUUCUGCGAGGGCCUCAGCUUCCUGCCCUUCUGGCUCGCUAUCUUGCUGCAACAUCAGCUACUCCUCCCUGAGGAGCAAGCACGCUGGCUACCACAUUUGAUGGCCAUCACCCUGCCAUUGUUUCCUCUACUUCUCGCUUAUGGUGCUUGCCAGGCAAUCCACAGAUCCAGAUGUUGCCGCACGACCUGA